AUGCACAUUCCCUCCCUUACUUCCGGUACCCAUACACCAGAAACACGACACAAACACCAAGAACACAGCAAAAUCAAACCCAAACCCAACCCUCACAACAACAACUUCACACAAAGCGAAUACGCCAAAACCCCAAAACAAAACGAAAAUGAAAACGCAAAGAAGUUAGGCGCAACAGGCACAGGAGCCUGGUCCACACGACCAAACCAAGGCAGCGCACCAACGCCAGGCAGCCGGAGACCCGACCAAUUCCAAUCCCAGGAAAGAAAGGACAUGACGGCACUAGCUGAGCGGAUGGCGCAAUUAUGCACGAAGGAUAUGCUGGAAUAG